AUGAUUGCUUACUUUGUUAUAGUUUUAAUUUUAUUAGGAAUAUAUUAUGUAUACUUUAAACGUGAAUUAGAUUUUUGGAAAAAUAAGAAUGUCGUCAGUUCCCGAGCGAUACCAUUCUUUGGUAAUUAUACAGGUUAUAUUCUUCUUAAAAAGUGCAUACAUGAAGUAAUUGAAGAUCUGUGUAGGGCAUUUCCUUCAGAACCGUACAUAGGAGCGUUCUACGGCACAGAACCUACUUUAAUCGUCAAAGAUCCAGAAUACAUUAAACGCAUUCUAUCGAAAGAUUUCUACUACUUUAACAGUCGUGAGGUAGCAGAUUAUAGUGAGAAGGAAGCAAUCACGAAAACCCUCUUCUUUACACACGGGGACCGAUGGAAAGUUUUACGACAAAACUUAACUCCGCUAUUUUCUUCGGCAAAGAUGAAAAAAAUGUUUCAUUUGAUAGAAGACUGUAACAACUCCUUAAAUGCCUUAUUAGAGGAUGUAGCUAAAAAAACAGAAUUUGAAGUGCGUUCUCUGAUGGCGAGGUAUACCAUAGAUUGCAUUGGAUCAUGCGCUUUUGGGGUUAACACGGAAGCUAUGACCUCUGAGAAUAAUCCCUUCUGCGUUAUUGGUGAAAGAAUAUUUGAUGCUUCGAACUCGCGAGGUUUCAAAAUGGUAGGACGAGCCAUUUGGCCAGCGGUUUUCUAUAAACUGGGUUUAAACUUGUUUCCUUUAGAGCUAACAGAAUUUUUCAAGAAUAUGAUCACUAAAGUAUUUGAAGAGAGACAAUACAGAAGUUCUGAUAGACACGAUUUCGUGGACCUCGUUCUGAAUUUAAGACAGAGUAAACAUUUGGUAGGAGAUAGCAUGAAGAACUUGAAAGGAGAUGGAAAGAAGUCUGUUAUAGAAGUUGAUGAUGAUCUUCUAAGCGCGCAGUGCAUGUUGUUUUUUGCAGCAGGGUUUGAAACAUCUGCGACGACAUUAGGCUUUCUGCUAUACGAAUUAGCAAAGAACCCAGAGAAACAGGAGCAAGCGAUGAAGGAAGUCGACGAAUAUUUCAAAAAUAAUAAAAAGAUCUCAUACGAAUGUGUCUUUGAAACGCCUUAUUUAGAUGCGUGUAUUAACGAAACACUUCGGCUUUACCCAGUCCUUGGAGUACUGACACGGGAGGUGGUUGAAGAUUAUACACUGGGCGGGGUCUCUUUGGAGAGAGGUGUCCGUAUUCACAUACCGGUCCUUAAUUUGCACAAAAAUCCCCAUUAUUUCCCUAAUCCUGAAGCUUUUCGACCAGAGAGAUUCUUAGGAGUAGAAAAGGAUAAGAUAAAGCCCUUUACAUACUUUCCUUUCGGAGAAGGUCCGAGGAUAUGUAUUGGUAUGAGAUUCGCCAAGAUGCAGAUGACAGCAGGGCUGCUCACAAUACUAAAAAAAUGUCAAAUUCAAUUGGUUGAAAAUACAGCUCGAAAUAUCACCUUCGAACCACGAGCGAUGACACUACAACCAGCACAUGGAAUAAAUCUCAAAUUAGUUUUAAGAAAAAAAUAG